AUGAUAGAUCUCAAGGAGAUGGCAUCUCACUGUAGCUCCCGAAUGACGCCGAGAAAGAAGCUCCUUCACAAAUCCAUUUCCUAUGAAUCGGCUUGCGGGGCUGAAAGCAACAUGCUCUUACAGCUGUCCUAUCCGUCCCAACGAAUCGACUUUUUCCUCCAGCUAUUUCAGAAACAAGACGAAAUCAAAGAGAUUGUCGCUCGUCACAUGGGACUAAGGUCUGAUCAAGCCUGUCAAUUAGGCGACUUCUCGGAAUGGAGGCAUGGGACGUUCAACGUCUGUAUUCCAGUGUAUAUACGAAACUGGAAUCGCCGUCCAAGGAAUCGCGUCAUGAUUCGAUUCCCACUCCCAUACAAGUUAGGAGAAUCAUCGAACCCUGGAAACACGGAUGAGAAGGUGCGUUCCGAAGUAGCAACGUAUAUCUGGAUGCAACAAAACUGCCCGGAAAUACCAACCCCGUACCUAUGGGGCUUCGGAAUUGGUAAGAACCUACAUUUCACCGCGUGUGAAAAUGCUCCAUGGUAUUUGCGAUGCCUCUCAGCCAUCCAGAACACCCUACGACUGCUAUUUCGACAACCGACCCGCUCUCCCUACAUUCGUCGUAAAGGACCCGACUGUCCAUUUCCGGUUGGCUAUUUACUGAUGGAUUUUGUCGAAGAGGAGGAAGGCCGUAUGCUUUCAACCACGUGGGAUACACUUUCUAGUGACUCGACGCGAAAGGCGAAUUUCUUUCGAGAUUUAUCCCAGAUCUGGUUAUCUUUGACCAGAAGGCCAUUGCCUCACAUAGGCUCGUGGAUGAUAGACGACCAAGGCGUGGUGAGUCUUGCUAAUCGACCAUUAUCGAUCAUCAUUCCCGAAGCAGAAAACGACAGUUGCCCACCUGUCAUGAACCGCAGCUGCAUUUACAGUACGGUCGAGCCAUAUGUUCUUGACCUGUUGGAAUAUCACGACAAUCGAAUUCGAUACCAGCCCAAUUCCGUCAUCUCAAAGGACGAUGCCGUUGAUCAAAUGGAAGCCUUGACUCUGAUGCGCGCUUGUUUUCCUGAUUUUGUCAAUCGCCAUUCACGUUCUGGGCCGUUUUAUUUGACUCUCACGGACCUCCAUCAAAGCAAUAUCUUUGUCGAUGACGAUUGGCAUAUCAAAUUCAUCAUCGACCUAGAAUGGGCCUGUUCCAGACCGAUCGAGAUGCUGAGGCCCCCUUUAUGGCUGACCGGUCAGGCAAUCGACUGUUUGGUGGAGGAAAAAUUGACAGAUCUCAAGCUCGCGCUCGACGAGUUUUUCCUCAUCUUAGAAGAGGAGGAGAAGCGAUCGUGGCCUCCUUGCUCCUUUUCAGUCGCCAAUUGUUUUCGCGAGAACUGGGCAACGGGCCGCAUCUGGUAUUUCCGGGCCUUGGAUUCCUUGACGGGCCUGUAUGGCGUCUUCUUGAAUCAUAUUGAGCCGAUAUUUGCAUCCGACAUUACAAAAACUGCAGCUCGUUACUGGCAUCCGGACGCCGAGAACAUUGUCAGAAGAAGGGUUGAGGACAAGCUUGAGUAUGAUCGACGAUUACGGCAAGCUUUUGAACAAGAUUCAAAGUCGGAGGGCUGA